AAGACAACCACGUACGUUUUAAAAUCGCUCUGAGUCACUACGGAAAGUCGGAGGGUUCAGUCACUGACAGCACGCUCUUUCCCAGAAGCCUUCCCUCAUAUUGUACACAAUCAUCAUGGCGGCGCAGGAUGGAAGUGAGGUAGGAGGAAUGGAAGAUGAGGUCAUGCAGAAAGCACCAGAAGUAUUGUGUGAAGCUGCUGGACAAGGAGAUGCAUCAGGAACUGAACAAGCAUCUCUUACUGAUGGUGAAAGCACAUCAGCUGAGCCUCCUGUUGUCAGCAAUGGAGAAGAAAGCGAUGAUGGGAAAGAGAUGGUGGAUGUGAAAAUUAUUUGGAACAAAAACAAAUAUGAUCUGAAAAUUCCUUUAGAUGGCACUGGAGCUAAGCUUAAAGAGAAGAUUCACGCACUCACUGGUCUUCCACCUGCUAUGCAGAAAGUGAUGUACAAAGGACUGCUACCAGAGGACAAGACACUUCGAGAAAUCAAAGUUACAAAUGGUGCAAAAAUAAUGGUGGUUGGGUCUACAAUAAAUGAUGUAUUAGCUGUAAAUACACCAAAAGAAGUUAUUCAGCAAGAAGUUAAAGCUGAGGAAAACAAAAAGGAGCCAUUGUGCAGGCAAAAGCAACACAGAAAAGUUUUGGACAAAGGAAAACCAGAAGAUGUCAUGCCAUCAAUAAAAGGAGUCAAGGAGCGCCUUCCAACAGUGCCUUUAUCAGGAAUGUACAACAAAUCUGGGGGAAAAGUUCGACUCACAUUCAAACUGGAACAGGAUCAACUGUGGAUUGGAACAAAAGAAAGAACAGAAAAAAUCCCAAUGGGUUCCAUCAAAAAUGUUGUGACUGAGCCAAUAGAGGGUCACGAGGACUAUCACAUGAUGGCAUUUCAGCUGGGUCCGACAGAAGCCUCGCAAUAUUGGGUCUAUUGGGUGCCUGCACAGUUUGUUGAUGCAAUCAAAGACACAGUCCUUGGAAAAUGGCAGUAUUUUUAAUGUGCCUCUAUAGACACUGAAAAAUUGGGAUAAAGAUUGAAAACAUUAACUGGAGCCAACACAAUAAUCUGAAGAACUGAUUUUUCUGAAGUAUAUACCAGAGCAAAGCGAAGGAUUGCUGUUGGACAAAAUAUGAUUUCGGGGGUUUUAAGUGCACUAAGAGACAGCAUCCCAUUUUUCAAACUGUUUCACCACUCGUUUUUUUAAAGCUAUUGCAAGCAUAAACAGAGAAUUGUACAGAACUUGCGUAUACAUUUCUCAUAGUUAUUCUGAAAUUAAUAAAAACAUUAUUUAAGGAAAAUUAUUGAUGCAGUAGGAAGAUUUUAUCUAGUCUAUUCUUUGGUUUUCCAUACAACUCGAGCAAACUUGCCAAAGUUGACAAUUCACAAGUUGUUGAUUUUACAGUCAGCUUCUCUCAUUGCACAGACUAUAUUUUACAUGUAAAACAGCAAUGUUGUAACACUCAAGAAAUUAAUCCAGGUUAAAAGAAAAUUGUUGCAUUACAAUUUUUUUUAAAGUAAGCAUUUUCCUCAAGACUUUAAAUAUCACAUAAAUAUCUAAUUUCCUAUUGAAAGCAUGAGGCUUAUUUUCUGUGGAUGCACCGCAGAAUUACAGCUAUAAAGCCAAGAAUACAAUUAUUCUGCCACUGUGCUUUCAACAAACCCUGUGAUACUUCAAAGUGAUAGUUCACCCAAAAAUUAAAAUUCUCUCAUCAUUUACACACUCUCAUGCCAUCCCAGAUCUGUAUGACUUUCUUUCUUUUGCAGAACACAUUUGAAGAAAAAUAUCUCAGCUAAGUAGGUUCUUAUAAUGGAAAUGGAUGGUAACGUGAAUUUUGAUGUUCCAAAAAGCACAGACAAUCAGCAUUAACCUCAUCCAUAUGACUCCAGUAGUUAAAUGAAUGUCUUAUAAAGCGAUAUGAUCACUUUUGGUGUGAAAAAGAUCAAUAUUUAAGUACUUUUUAUCCAUUUCCAUUAUUAGGACCUACUGAGCUGAGAUAUUUUUCUUCAAAUGUGUUCUGCUGAAUAAAGGAAGUCAUAUACAUCUGGGAUGGCAUGAGGGUGAGUAACUGAUGAGAGAAUUUUCAUUUUGGGGUGAACUAUCCCUUUAAGAAAAAGGCAAUAUUGUGUUUGUUUGUUUGUUUUGUUUUAUUGUAAAUGCAGGGAUGUCUCUUAGCCCAAACCCUCCCUCUCAAAUCGGAUGUAAUAUUAGGAAGAACUGUGUUAAUGUUCCGUCAAUACACAGUCACAUAACUAAGUUGCUGAUGAGUAAGUAUUCUGAUAAACAGCCAGGCCAUCAUGCAUGUUGUUUAUUUCAAACAUGGUGCUAAGCCUUUUUAUUUUAAUAAAGCCCAAAAGUAAGGAAGAGUUUCAGUGACCUUUUUGUGAUGUAUUUGCUUAUUCAGUAUUUGAUUUUUGAUUUUGAUUUUUUUGUAUCUGAACUGUGUAUUUAUCAGCUCACAAUUAAGAAUCCCAUAUUCCAGAAAUUAAGUGUCCAUGUUCCACCUUCGGUACGAUGAUGCAAUAGAAUUUAUAUUGUGACUUCUUUUUCAGUCUCAAAUUAUUUAAAAGCUUCCAUUUUAAUUAAUGUAUUGAGAGGUUCUAAUUAAACAGAUUUUGUCUGAAAUUUUAGAAUCUCAAUUGCAAUUGAAAAUGCAUUUUUUUUUUUUUUU